AUGGGAGUACCAUCACUUUGGGAAGUAUUCAAGGACCAAAAAUGUGGAGAAAGGCUACCGUUUAAGAAAUUUGUCGUUGAUUUUUAUCAUGCAAAUGGAAGGACCCCCCGACUUGCAAUUGAUGCAUACAGUUGGCUUUUUGAAUGUGGAUUUAUUAGUGCGGGGGACCAGAGAGCGGAAGAAAAGGGUUACAAAACUAUCGACUUGGCAAUUCUAUCAUUGUUACAAAGAUUGAGCCUCCUGAUUUCUAUGGACGUUACUUUCAUGCUGGUCUUUGAUGGCCCGAUGAAACCGUCGUUCAAGAAUAAAUUCAGGAACAAGAAAAUGGUUUACGAUACUAGAUGCGAAGAAGCUAAAGACCAUAGUUUCGAAUUUGACAAUCACUUGAGAUUGCAUGAGACUUUCGGAACAUGUGGUGCCGGAGAGAGCGAUUGUGGAGAUUAUGACUUUGUGCAAGACGAAGGCCUAUCAGUCGUCAAAGAAUUAUUAGAAGUGAUGAACAUUUCAUUUAUAGAUGCUUGCAGUGAGGGCGAGUCCGAAUGCGCAAGGUUUGAAAAAGAAGGCUUAGUAGAUUAUGUUGUCACAAAUGACUCGGACGCUUUUGUCUUUGGAGCACGAAAAGUAUUGAAGAAUAUGUCGAAGUACUGGGAAGACCUCCCUGCAACUUACAGUGGCCCUAGCAAGAAGAAAGAUGGGAAAGACAUGAUGGUCACAGUAAUUGAUAUCGCAAACAUAUCAAAAUGGACUCAACCUGCAGUGCUUCUGUACUCGGUACUACUUGGUGCUGAUUACAGCCAAGGAGUAAGAGGCAUGGGAUCUAAAAAAGCCGUUAACCUUGUUCUGCAUUCAAAUCCUAAUUUUGCAGAGCAAUUUUACCAAAAGUUUCAUGAAAACCGAAAAGAUGUAAAUCAAAGAAGAAUAUGGUACAAGAACUUUCAAAAAGAAGUCCUGGAAUUUUGCAAAAAAAAUAGCCACGAGCUAUUUGGCAAAGACUAUUCACGGUCUUUUGAAAAAAAUGCCUUACAGGGAUGGCCACCAGAAUACGCUGUCAUGUAUUACUUGUAUCCCAUAUUGAAUCCUCAUCCGGACAUGAGCGGUUUCAGCAGAAAGUUCAUUAAUAUUUCAGGAAGCCUCAAUAUACAAGAAGGGAAUUUCAAAAAACUAGAAAGUCUAUUACGAACACAUCAACUCAGACAAGUCAGCGAUUUUGGAAAAUGGUUUCACAAUUUGAUACACAAAAUGUUCUUCUUGAAAUACAUUCUCUAUGGCCAAAAAAUGAAUAACCUAUCAUCAAAGAAAAUGAAAAUAGUUACUGAGUGGGAUGCCUCCAUGAUCGGACAGAAAUAUUUUAUACCAUCUUGGAGAAUAAGAUACUCCACGCUAUUCAAAGGAAUACUGGAACCACCUGAAAAUUCCUCUCCGAAGGUAUUAGAAAAUGACCAAGGAGAGGGAAAGUCAAGUACUGUUACUAUGAAAAACAUCCAUGGGGGACAUAAAUCGCCGAUAACAGCUGAACUCAAAUAUUUGACAUCUAUCCCUAGAGCUCUUGUACCUGAAUCAAAUACUCUAGUCAAAGAGUAUCGAGCUGAAAUUGCAAAUAAGGUACACACUUCGUCUCGUAUUUCACCAAAGAAAAAAAGCUCAAAGAAGACCUACUAUCAGAAGAAUAAUUUGGAUGAAUUCAUAAAAGAGCAUAAAUCUCCUAAAAAGGCAUUCCCCGCAUCCUCAGACAGCAAAGAUUUGUUGCCUAGUAGUGCUCCUGAGAGAGCUUUAUUCGUGGAUGAUAACGAAUCUGACGAAAUAGACGAAGACAGCUCGCUAAUGAUAAUAUCGGAAACAAGACUAUCUCCGACAGCCACUGCUUCUUCACCCAAGCGUCUGCUUGAACUUUCACCAACUCAUGAAGAAAAUGAAUACUCGUCUGAUGAUGAAUCACCAUUCAAGAAACAGAAGAUGCAUCAACAGAAGGAACUUAAUGUGGUGCGCCGGCAACUCAUAUUCGACAAUGUUAUUGACUUAACUGUUGAGAGCGAGACAGAUAGAAACAAAAAAUCCAAAUAG